AUGGAUUUCUCGCUUGACAGGAUAAUAAUUAAGGAUUUGAACGUACGGACUAUACUGGGGGUUGAUUAUUGGGGUCGUGUAAAAAAGCAAUCCGUCACUGUUAAUCUAGCUUUGUACAAGGAUGUUCGUCAAGCUGGUCAGACCGACAGUCUACCAUUUUCAAUCAAUUACUCCACUGUAUGUAAAGAGGUCACUGCAUUUGCCGAAAAAACAUCUCAUGAAUCAGCUGAAGCACUAGCUGAAGGUAUUGCCAAGAUAUGCAUUAAGGAUUGUAACGCUCCGAAAGUUACUGUUCGCGUCGAGAAAUUACAAGCAUUGCUUCACGCUGCGUUAGCCGGGGUAGAAAUAACUCGAAGUGCCGAGGAUUAUGUUUCGCUUGCUUCCAAUUCUGAUGCGCUACCCGUCUCUAUCCAUAGUAGCCACGACAUAGUGUUUGUGAAAGACUUGAGGCUUAGUACGAUAAUAGGCGUGAGACCAUGGGAACGUGAGGAAAAGCAGGUUGUCGUGCUAAACUUGACUAUUUAUCCUCAAUUUCGUGUGAAAUCGCUUCAGAAUGAUGUUACCACGAAUCCGUAUGAUUAUCAGAUGGUGGUGCGCAAAAUAUCGCAGCACGUUGGGGAGUCUAAAUACUUGACAAUUGAGGCAUGCACUACGGCUGUUGCACAUAUAGCCUUAACUGAAUGCCAUGUUAACAAGAUAACCGUUCGAGUCGAGAAACCUAACGCCAUAACUUUCGCGAGCUCUGCAGGAGUAGAGAUUACCCGAAGUACAUUUUCGCUAGAUGACAAGAUGCGACGUCUCGCAUUACCGUAUCUGAAUCGUGCAAGAUUUGAAUUAAAGAAGAGAGUUUAUGGAGAGUCUGCUUGCGUAGACGAUGUUAACGAAGAUGAUCACAUCGUUUUUCUUGCCCUUGGUUCUAACAUGGGCGAUAGUAUAGCAAAUAUUAAAAAGAGCCUGCAAUUAUUGGAGAAGAACAACAACUGUAAAGUACUAGACACCUCAUAUUUAUACGAUACUUCGCCCAUGUAUAAUGUAGAUCAGCCCAGAUUCGUAAACGCGGCGUCCUUUGUCGUCUUACAAGAAUUGCGUACAUUAUCUUACCAGGUAGCAACAAGCCUGUCCGCGGAGGGUUUGCUCGAGUGGCUGAAAGCAAUAGAGAGAGAUAUGGGCCGAUCCAGCGAUUUAGCGAGAAAUAGUCCGCGGGUAAUCGAUCUUGACAUUCUCUUUUAUGAUAACAUCGAGUACACCUCGGAGACAUUGACUAUUCCACAUCCUCGCAUAAGUGAGCGCGAAUUCGUACUGCGUCCAUUGAACGACAUUGCUCGGGACAUUGAACAUCCGAUAUUAUUAAGAACUUGUAACCAACUUCUCUCGCAGCUUGUAGGCUCGCCCGAUUACGAGGCCAAUGAACAUAAUGUGCGAAAGUUCAUGCCGAUUAGAAGCAGCAAAUGGUUCUGGGGUAAAAAGACAUUUAUUAUGGGUGUGGUAAACGUUACUCCCGACAGUUUUAGUGAUGGCGGAUUGUUCAAUACUGUCGAGGCUGCUGUUGCACAUGCAGAGAAACUCGUGUUGGAUGGAGCAGAUAUAAUCGAUAUUGGUGGAUAUUCUACGCGCCCGAAUGCUGAUGAAGUAGACGUGGAUAGAGAAAUGAAACGGGUUAUUCCCGUUAUUCGAGCUAUACGCGAAAAGGGACAUAAGGAUAUGAUUAUCUCCAUUGAUACCUUCCGUGCAACGGUUGCUGAAGCCGCUAUUGCUGCUGGAGCAGAUAUAAUUAAUGAUAUAUCUGGCGGCACGAUGGAUCCUCGGAUGUACGAUGUCAUGGCACGUAUGGACGUUCCUGUUUGUAUUCAACAUACGCGAGGAACACCAAAGACCAUGGGUGAAUUGACCCAAUAUGAUGAUGUUAUAGAAGACAUCUGUUAUGAACUCUGUGAGCGUGUUGAACGAGCGAUUCGCGCAGGAGUUAAGAGAUGGAAUAUUAUCAUUGAUCCUGGUAUUGGGUUUGCUAAAAAUGCGCAGCAAAAUCUUGAAAUAUUACGUCGUUUACGUGAUAUGAUUGGAGAAGAUUGCCCGCUUGAAGGAUUUCCUUGUCUGGUUGGACCGUCAAGAAAGGCCUUUAUCGGAGCAAUUACUCAAAAACCCGAGGCCAAGAUGCGUGUAAUGGGUACUGCAGCUGCUUGUACUGCUUGUAUUUCUGGAGGUGCUGAUUUGUUGAGGGUUCAUGAUGUGAAAGAAAUGGUUGAUGUCGUUAAAGUAUCCGACAAUAUAUGGCGAUACAAAUGA